AUGGCUGCCGCGAGGAUCGAGCGUGGCGAUCUGUGGAAGAACAAGGCCCUGUCCGUACAGCUCCGGCUCAGGGAGCGGUUCAGAGUGGAGGUGGACCGCCGGCUCAGGCUCCACCCCAUUUUUACAGACGACGGUUACUUCUCCUCCACCUUCCAGCGCUGGCUUCAGCGCUUUCGUGACUUCCGCAGAGACUCUCUCCCUUCUUCCACUGUUUUUUAUCGCAAACGAGUGGGUAAGGAAUUCAAUGCUGAAGAAGAAUCAGUCCUUCUUCGCAUGCUUCAAGCUGUGGCUGUUCCGGUGAUUGGCAAUGUUUGUCAUGUGUUUAUGAAUGGAUUAAAUCAUAUCCAGGUUUAUGGUGUAGAAAAAUUACAUGACGCUGUGCUACACAGACCCAAAGGCCAGCCUCUAAUAACGGUGAGCAAUCACGUUGCUUCUAUGGAUGACCCGCUUGUUCUUGCUGCAUUGCUUCCUCGACAUGUUCUUCUGGAUGCUCAGAACUUGAGGUGGACACUGUGUGCCACUGAUCGAUGUUUUGCAAAUCCUGCAACUUCAGCAUUUUUCGAUCUGUCAGAGUCUUGCCAGUUUCUCGUGGUGAUGGGAUUUAUCAGAAGGUAUUCUUUGAAAUAUGUCUUUAAGGGUAUGGAUACAGCUAUUUCGAAACUGAAUCAAGGUGGUUGGGUGCACAUCUUCCCAGAAGGUAGUCGUUCUCGAGAUGGUGGCAAAACCAUGGGGUCUUCCAAGAGAGGUGUUGGGAGGUUAGUCCUUGAUGCUGACAAUAUUCCUAUGGUUGUUCCAUUUGUGCAUAGUGGGAUGCAGGACAUCAUGCCUAUUGGUGCCAGCAUUCCAAGGAUUGGCAAGACGGUGACGGUGGUUAUUGGAGAUCCAAUCUACUUUGACGAUCUGUUAAAUUCUGAAAGAGCUAAGCAUGUAUCAAGAGGAAAGUUGUAUGAUGCAGUGUCUUCAAGGAUUGGACAUAGACUGCGUGAACUGAAAGUUCAGGUGGACAAAUUGGCUCAAGUGACUCGGCCCCAAAAUCUUCCUGCACAGAACACAGAGCGAGCUGCGGUCAUUUUGCAGCAGGUUGAUUGGGAAUCAUUUGGAAUGGGGAACUUAGUAUCUACUGAAGAUGAUGGUUCACUGGUGCCUGAAACUCAGGUCCAACUAGUUUCUACGCAUACACAAGAGCCCAGGUCUACCGAUACUGAUCGGCGUUUCAGAGUGGGUUUCUCUCGUGAAGGUGGCAUUGCAUCGCGGAUGCGUAGUUUUAUGGACCAUCCUGACUUGAUGGGUUUUGCAGCCAGAGGUUUAUUUAUGAACCGUAGAGCUCGUGAAACAACUCCAAGUGGUAGAGGGGUUGGUCCCUUGAAAGCAUGGAAACAAUAUUUGGAGGCCAAUGUAUUACCACAAUGGAAUUAG